AUGACAUGUGCUCUUCGCCUCUACACACAUAACACCCAAGGUAAGGGCUAUGGUAGUGUCAGCUACCUCUGCGCUGCGCGUCCUACACGCGAUACAUGCCUGUUAAUAGGUUAUGGGCCCCGAUGUCGAACGACGUGCGCUACGGCUGCACGAGUUCUGACAAGCCUUAGCCUUAAACAACCUUUGGGCUUGAUUGUGCGCCCUCUGGGCUGCACAUCGCCAACAACAGUUCGCUUAAUUGCUGAACGUUGUCAAGAUUGUUCGCCUCACGGCUGA